AUGGAAAAAUUAUUACAAUGGUCUAUUGCACAACAGACGGGUGACAAGGAGACACAGGAGAAAAUCGGCCAACCGGACCCAAAAAUGUUGCUGCAACUAUUCGGAGGACCGGAUGAGCCUACGCUCAUGAAGCAGUCAAUGAUGGUAGCUAGCAAUCCAGAAGCUACUGACGAAGAUAAGGAAAUAGCUUUGGAGAACUUUGAGAUGCUCAUUGAGAAUCUCGACAAUGCCAACAACAUCGAAAACAUGAGGCUUUGGCCUGCAGUCAUCGACCAGUUGCACAGCGAGAACCAGACUUUCCAGGUCUUGUCCGCUUCAAUUAUUGCUAUCGCAACGCAAAACAAUACACCUAGUCAGGUUGCUUUUGCCAAACAAGAAAGGGGUCUUAAGAAACUCAUCGAGCUUGCGUCCAACUCUGAUACCCCAAAAGAAUUACAUUUGAAAUCCACAUUUGCAUUGGCCAGCUUGAUAAGAAACAAUGAGGAUGCAGCAUCAAAGUUCAUCAGCUCCGACGGAUUGGCAUGUAUCAAUUUAGUGUCAAGUCUUAAAGACCAUAAAUCGCUACUCAGAAAAUUAUCUUUAAUCUCGGCAGUGUUGUCGACAGGCUCGAGCGCACAAAGAUCGGAGCAGGUCCGCAGUCUUGAUAUGCCUAAAUGUCUUAUUGAAAUUUUGAGCCCCGAAUACCAAACUUCUUGCAUAGAUAAAGCUCUUAAUGUGAUCUCACAACUCAAGCAAUUCAAUUUUGCCUUCACGGACGCUGAGCUUGAAAAUUUGAAAGUACACAUGAGCACCAUCCAGCCAUUGGAGGACAAACUUUCUCAGGAUGACUUCAUUUCCGUGCGGGGGAUCAUCGCUUAA